AUGUCGACAACAGCGUUUGAGAUUGAUGGAGCAAAGUUUGUGACCAAUAACUAUGCUGCCAUCCUAGACAAUGAUGAAGCCCCCAAGGAGUUUCAUCUUAUUCAGGAUUUUUUGGCUCACAAUGAGCUUAUGUACGCUCUGACUCAGCCGGAGUCUAUUUCUCCUUCGCAAGUCCUCACCUUCUGGAGAACAGCUAAUUAUGAUGAUGGCGGUGAUCAAGGCUCUCCAUCUCUGACAUGUGACUAUGAAGGUCAGGAGUAUGUUGUUUCACCAACGACAGUCAGGAAGGCUCUUCAUCUUCCUGAACACAAGAAGUUUGAUUCUUCAGUCCCUACUCAAACUCUGAGGGACAUGAUGAAGUUCUUUGGGUACACAGCCAGUACAGAAAAGAUGGGGAGCUCAAGCGUCCAAACCUCUGCAAGGAAUGGAGCUUCUUCUAUGACUGCAUCACAAGGGCAUUUGGAAACAAGUGCAGACAUAUUGAGGGUUGCCAUGCCAGACAAAUAUGGACCCCUAUUCUCUGAUGAGAAUUUACCACAUCCUCCCUCCUCUACUGCUCAAACAGACAUUGUUCCAACCUCUGGUCCUUCCCAACAAGGGCCAGUUGUAAAAUCUGACCCAAUCUUAUCCUCUGGUCCUUCCCAAAAAGGACCAGUUGAAACAUCUUCACCUAAGAGAGUUCUCAGGUCUUCAAAGUCCCAAACCAAACCAUCUCCUCCACUCAGAAAAAGAAGAUUCCUACAGAAGAUAUCAGACUCUGACUCUGAUGAAGCACCUCCACCUCCUCCACCAGCUAAGAAACAGAGGAAGAAGAUCCAGCCCACUAAUAUAACUGACCUGACUGUUGAGCCACCUCAGUCAGAGGAUCCCAUACAGGCCUUGAUCCCACUCUCUGAUCAACCUUCAAGUGCAGAGCCAAUCAUGAUUGCACCUAUCUCUGCAGUUCCACUUGAAACAAUGGCAGCUGACAUCCAAAUGUCAGAAUCAAUCUCUGAACAUAAUGAUCAACCAGCAGUGGCCAAAUCAGAUGAAGGGUUGAAGUUGAAUCAGGAAUCUCUGAUUCAACAUGAAGACAUUUCUGCAGCUGAUACUCAUGUGUCAGAUAAAACUUCUGAUGUUCCAAGUCAAUCAGAAGAUUCACAAAUAGAGAUUGUAUUGCAAAUGAUUCAAGACUCUCUGAUUCAACCUGAAGCAAAUGUUGCAGCUCCUGUUCAGGAGGUUCCUACAGCUGCAAAUUCUGAUGCAGCUACUGAAGCUCUGGCAUCUCACACUCUGAGCAUCUUUGUUGAUGAUAAUGAAGAUGAUGAUGCAAUAGAGGUCACAUCUAUUCCUGUGCAGAAUUCUGAUCUUCAAAUUUCUAUCUCUGAUCCAGUCAGAGAUACUACACAAGCCAGGGAUGAUUCUCCAGUUAAAGCACUGUCACCAGUCAGAGAAUCUUUUCCUCUUAGAGCUCCUACUCCAGUUCCAAGCUCUCCACUUCCAUCUUCUAUGCCUGCACAGAGAAGAGUCUGUCACUUAACUUACUUUCAGAGAAUGUGCAGAUCUACACCUCCUUCUGUUGAAGACAGACUUGCCUCUAUUGAGGCCACUCAAACAUCAAUGCAGCAUACUCUGGCUGAUUUGAGCUCUUCUGUAGCUCAGCUGGUUCAAGUUCUCACCUCUGCUGAUGUCAAAAAGGGGGAGAAAAUAUCUAAAGACAAAUGCAAAUCUGACCAGCAAAUUACAAAGAAAAAGCCAGAUGGUGAUGAAGAAGGCAAUAGGGAGAUUGUUGAAAAGCAGUUAAAGCUGCUACAAAUCAAGGAUAAGGAAAGGAGUUAUAAGGGUGCAAACUCAGAUAGACCUAGAGAUUCUCAACAAAAACACAAGUCUAUGGAGCUGACUGUUAUGUCUCAAGUUCAGAGCAUAAGUGAAGCAGUCAGAGUUUCUGAUGUUAUAUCUAAAGAAAUAGCUCUUGUGAACUCUGAGGUUGAGAAGAAGAAAGAAGAUCUGAUUCCUGGAUCAGAUAAGCUGAUUGAAGCUGGAGACCCUGAGUCUCAGAAGUUCUGCCAAACUCUGAAGUUCAGAAGCAGAGAAACCACCCUAUUCUACAAAUCUCCUUCUUUGCAAGCUAUUGAUGAAGCUGUAGCAAGGAAGAUAUUUGAAAAGGAAAAUCCAGGAGUGGAUAUAGAAGCCAUCAGACUUGAGGAAGAAAGACUAGCUGCUGAGAAGAUGAAGAUCAGCAAGACAAAGUCUGAUGAGCAAAAACAAGAUACUGAUCCCUCACGGAAACAGAAGAAUCCAAAGCAAAAAGGGAUAGUAAUUAGUGAGGUGAACUACACUGAUAUCAACAGACCAAGAACCAGGUCUCAAACUCAAUCUGAGUCUGAGUCAAAAGACAAAGGAAAUAAAACCGUUGAUGGAGUUCCUCCUGUGAUCAAGAAGUCAAUUGUCAAGAUAGCAUCAGAGAAUCUUUCUCAGAGGAUGAUAAAGCUAAGCAGGAAUGCAAAUAUAAUCACUGAUGUCUCUGAUCAAACAGAAGAAGAAGAAGCUGGAUUGACCAGAAGAAGAAAGGGUGAAGACAAAUCAAUCUCUGAUAUAACUUUAACCUCUGACCAUGCUCAAUUUAAAGUUCCAGUAACAGAAGAAAAGACUAAGACUGAAGAUGCUAAAGUCUCUUGGCUGAAGAUAAAAUCUGAGAAAACUCAAGAUCAGAAAAAGAAGAGUCUCUUUGGAAGCCUUGGUACAAGUCUGUACAAGGAAAGCUCAAUGCUCACCAGGAUCAGAACUCAUGGAACCAGAGAAAAGGAAGCUUAUGAUACUACUGGUCUAGGUCACAGAAAGGAGAAGAUACAAACAAGUUCAGCAACCACCUUCAGAGAUCCUUAUCCUCUGACUGAGAAAGUGGGAGAAGCUGUCACUCAGAAGGACUUAGACAAAGUAGAAUCAGUGCAGAUUCUCAUGGAUACUCAUGAUGGCACAGGAGACAAAGAGAAGAUUGCUAUAUUUCUGGAGUCUGGCAGAAGGACUAUUAAUGAGAAAAGAAGAUUCUAUGGGAUAAAGUCUGAUGAAGAAUAUGUUCCAAGAAUAGCUCAAGAUGAUGAUUCUGAAAUUCUUAUGGAAAAGAAUAGUUUUGUAAUGGAGACUAUUGCAAAUACCAGAAUCUUGGGUUAUAAUAAUGAUGCAGACAGACCAAGAGUGAUUCAGCUGGGAGAUGCAAUGGAAAGAAGCAAGGUGAAUGCCUUGAGAGCAGCUAUCUAUCAGACUGGGGAUGAAACUGAAGAACUCAGAAAUGUGAAAGCCCAGAUGAUACAAACCUUAAAGCUGAAGGAAGAAAAUCUGAUCAACCAGUUUGUCAAAGAAAGUUUUGGAUAUAGGUUGAUUUGA